GAAAGCUGCGCCGGCCACUUCUACGGCAGCCACGUCGGUCCUGGAGACCACGGCUAUGUCCACCACGGGGGACACGGCGGGUUCAAAGGUGACCUCGGCGGCGACGUCAAACAUAACGUCGAAGGCACCCUCGACAGCAUCGUCGAGCGUUACGUCAAAGGUACCCUCAAAGGGCUCGUCCAAGGAGUCUGCACGGGUGUCGCCCUCGACGGUUGCGCCCAAGGCGUCUUCUGCGUCAGAGGAACCACUUGCGGAACCGGAAGCAGUGUCAGCCAGCAACGCGGCCAUGGAGGCAUUGCGCAACCUGAAGACGUUGGCGAGAGGCGGCACUCCGGCCUCUUACGUGGACUCCGUCGGCGCUCGAGGCCACUACGUCAGAGCCGUGGUGGCGGCCUGCCUCUGUUCGUGCGCUGCCGGCACCGCGCUGGGCUUCGCCUCGGCGGCCAUGCCUUCCAUCGAAGACGAGCCCUGGUACCAUUUAGAGAAGGUGCCGCCCCAGAACAGAUGGGUCGUCGACAUUCUCUCGUUCGGUGCCGCCAUCGGGGCCAUGCUGUCGGGGUUACCGUUGUGGGUGCUGGGCAGCCGGAGGACGCUUCUUCUGUGCGUUCUGGUAGCGGCUGUCUCGUGGGUCGUGCUUGCCACGUCUUUCGAUACCGUCACGCUCCUGGCAGCCAGGGCUGCGUGUGGCCUGUGGUUGGGCGUCACCAACAUCGGCGUCAGCCUGUACGUGGCCGAGGUGGCGCCAACGGAAAAGAGGACCUUCUACGUGGGUCUCGCCGAGGUCGCUACGAGCAUUGGUAUUAUGGCGAGCUACACCUUGAGCCGUCUCUCGUGGCGGCUGCAAGCGACCAUCUGGACCCUGGUGCAAUUACCACCACUUCUGGGCUCGCGGCGGUACCUGGUCGAGAGUCCACGCUGGCUCCUGCUCUGGGGACGUUCGGACGAGGCAGGCGUGGCCGCAGGCCGGCUCUACGGGUUGUACAUACCUCCAGAGCUGAGGCCGGGACGCCUUCAAGAUCCCGACGCCAAACCACCGAGUUCAUGCAGAGUGCAUAUCAGGCUGGUAUCAGUGGGCGCCAUUGCGUAUUCGUUCCAUGAAUACUGACAUCACUUUGUGGGCCGUGAGAUAGCCAGCUAUUGCAUCAGGCUGCUAGCAGUUUGUUCAAAUUUGUUUUAAAUUUUGCAACGGUCACGAAUUAGGC